GCUGCGUUACAAUCGGGGCGGUGGGUUCCUGACGCAGCGCGGGAGGGUGAUUCCGUGCAAGGCUGCAGGCGGGCCCCGGGGACUGUGUGGGGCAUCGCGGGGGAGGCCGCCUGGCGCCUGGUGGAGCUGCCCCGCGUUGAGCGGGCUGGCUGUGGUUAGCAUUGUCUGUCUUGUUCUUGGGGUCAUGCAAGACUCACAACUUGUGACGGUUGGAAGAAAGGAAGUGGAUAGAAUACUAAUUAUGAAACUGGUUGUUGGCCUUGGAGGUGUGACAAAUGGGGGGAAAACAACACUGGCAGAAAAGCUUAAGAAACUGCUUCCAAAUUGCAGUAUAAUCUACCAAGAUGACUUCUUUAAGCCAGAAUCUGAAGUAGAGACCAACGAACGUGGAUUUAAGCAGUAUGAUGUGCUUGAUGCCCUUUACAUAGAGGAAAUGGUGAAAAGUAUACAUGCAUGGAUAGAAAACCCAACUAGCUCUUCUUUCUCAACUGGAGACUCAAAGGUCACACAUGACAAUCUGAGAAGUGCACAAGAAAUUCACAUUUUAAUUGUUGAAGGCUUUCUCCUAUACAACUAUGAGCCCCUUAAUGAAUUAUGGAAUAGAAGAUACUUUCUAACCCUCCCAUAUGAAGAAUGCAAGAGAAGAAGGAGUACCAGAGUCUAUCAGCCGGCAGACCCACCAGGCUACUUCGAUGGACAUGUGUGGCCUAUGUAUCUGAAACAUAAACGUGAAUUUGAAGAAAAGAUGAGCAACAUUGUUUAUUUGGAUGGUACAGAAUCCCAAGAAGAGCUUUUAUCACAUAUGUAUAAUGAUAUAAUACAGGAGCUAGAAAUACAGAAAAGUGAACAGGUCACAGCAUAACAUUUUGGAAGUUUGGAUUCUGUCCAGUAUUAAGUAUUUUAAAGCAAAUAAGCUCUGAGAGCCCAAUAAAAUGUGUUGAACUCAAUACAUCAUCAAGUAGUUUUAGACAAUAUUUUUGGGCUUCUUCCCAAGAGUGAUAUUUCUAAUCAUGCAACACACUUCAAACUUGAUUUAAUACUUAAUCAUAAACUCAUCUUAUACCUAGAAAACUAGCCCUGAAUAUUUGAGAAAUAUUGUGUCAUAAGCAUAUAUGAAAGUACAUGUGCACAGUAGAAUGUGUAAGGAAACUGUUUUUCAGAUAUGAUUUCAAAAUGAUUGCACGAGUAAUAUAGAAAAAUAGAGGUAAUAGCUGAUAGAAUCAUAUAACGAAUAUACUGUGGUUAAGAAGGCAGCAACUGUUUUAGAAUAUCAUUUUUUAAGAUCAGAGAGAGAGAAAGUUCUGCUUUCAUAUGGUGUUUCUCAUACCACAGCAGGAAUAUUGUGCAUGUCUUAGAGCCCUCUGGAAAGGAAGAGGAUAGAUUAUCUGAAUAACAAUUGGGCUACUAGAAAGAAUUGGAAGAUAUUAAGAAGCAUAGUUGGAAGGGCAAAUAAAUUAUCAAGAUUAAAAUUUGCGCAAUCUGGAAAAUGGAGGCAUGAGAUUUUGGUUGACAGAUGCAUGAAAAUAUGAAACAAAAUGAAAAGGUAGGAAAUCUCACUUAAUUACAAUUAGAAUUUAACAUACUUUAGAAUGCAGAAAACAGAUCAAGGAUUUUAUAAAUAUAAUAAAUGUUUUAUUUAUAUAAGCAAAGUUAGUUCAGUUCCUUAGUUGGUCUAAACAAUGUGGUUUUUCUUUCCUGCUCUUAUCUCUUAACCACAUUUCUUCUUGUGAUUUCCGAUAAAUGAGAAAUAUGUCUUUCCUUUUCCUUUGCAGCAUUCUUUUAUGCAUUUAUGAGCCACAAUACACAGAGAGACAAAUCAUUUGAAAUAAAACAUGUUGAAUAUUGCCUAGCUACUCUAAUCUUAAAAGGAUCCAGACUAUAAAAACCAACUAAAGUUUUCAUCAGCUUUAAAGGGUCUAUGAUUGUCCACUUUCAGACAUUUAGGCAGUGCAAGGACAUAUGGUGUUCAGAUAGAACAUAAGCUACUAAAACACCCAUGGAAUACCUGUGCAGACACUUAAAUCAUGCCAAUAACAUUUGCCUUUUCCAAAAUCUUAUUGAUUAUAUUAAAGGCACCACUAACAGUAAAAAAGGAAGUGUGGGAGGGCUGGGUUCUCAGUUGUUCUCAUUAAGGCUCCCUACCUGGUUAUUCAGAUUGCUCUAGCCUUAGAUUCAAAGCUAAUAGCACAAUCCUGACUAGUUGAGAGAGACUAUAAGGAUUAACCAUUUAACAGUUUCCCAAAUGAGCCCACUAUAUGUACGAUAGACUUUUUAUUUGCCUGAAGACUAUACUUAUAAGCUGUCGUGACCAAUUGAUUAAUUUGCUAUACAGCCAGCAGUAAAUUGAAAAGAUGUUUGUGGUCAUACAUUGUACUUCACUGGAAUCUGAUGUGUUUUAGUGCAACUGUAUAGAAGUUUUAUUUGAAGAAAUAUUUCCUAACGCUGAUACUUGUUUUACAGUUUUAUGAACAAUAAAAGUUGCUUUAUUUUGUA